AUAGACCUCGACAUAGAUAAGAGGGUAGGUACAAGGUGCAGCCUUUCAAAUAAUUUAUUUUAUUUAUAUCAUAUAAAACGUACUUUCCUUUCUUUCGAAUGAAAUGUUUCUUCAAUUUUUAGGUUAUAGAAGUUGAUCCCCGGGGUUAUUUGGGGUUUGGAAUUGGACAGGUAGAAUUCCAGUGAUGUGAAGAAAGAGAGAAAAGCUGAAAUUACAGUAGGGAUAUCGACCCAUGCUCUAUUGACUAACAAAAGAGAGAGAAGAACAGAGAGAGAGACAGACAGACUUUUUCAAAGGACAACUAGCAUACUAGUUGAAUUACAAAACUAUUGAGCAAAUUCAUCAUGGAGAAUCCUAACACAUGAAGUAAUAUGGCCUCUUCUAGCUACUCCAACUCUCCCUGUGCUGCCUGUAAAUUUUUGCGGAGAAAAUGCAUGCCAGAUUGCAUUUUUGCACCAUAUUUUCCGCCAGAAGAGCCACAGAAAUUUGCCAAUGUUCACAAGAUUUUUGGCGCAAGCAAUGUGAGUAAGCUCCUCAACGAAGUCCUUCCCCAUCAGAGAGAGGAUGCAGUCAACUCUCUGGCCUAUGAAGCCGAGGCACGAAUAAAAGACCCGGUCUAUGGCUGUGUUGGAGCCAUCUCAGUCCUCCAAAGGCAUGUCCUUCGGCUCCAGAAGGAAUUGGAAGCCACAAAUGCAGACCUGAUGCGGUAUGCCUGCAACGAGAUGCCUACAUCAACACCCCAGUUUGGAAGGAGGAUGGGUACUCAUGAAGGAAGUUCUUUUGGUCAAAGUACUUCUGGUUCGUAUUAUUCUUCUCCAUGGAAUAAUGAUCCCUGUGAUCAGGAUAGCCAAGAUAGAUCAGGAGGAGAUCAUGGAAAUAUGUAAGCAGCUGGUUAAUUGUAUUGACCAUUCUUAUGUCUAUAUAUGACUACGUACGUACGUACAUUGAGACAUCUACUCAAUUUUACCAUCUGGAGAUUCUCAAUGAAUUGGAAAGGGGCCGGGAAGGUCCUAUCAUGCGCGGUACUAUAACAUGGCAUGUGCUAUGCUGCGAAGACCCGGCCGCUCAUGACUAGAUUACUAUGCGGUAUAUGCACCGAAUAUUGCUAUAUAUGUAAUUUGCAAAUGAGUCAACUUAAAUUAUAUGCACCAUCAAGAUUCUAUAUAGUGUAUAUAGGCCGAGGUGGGAGUGCUUCUAUAUAUAUGUAAAUUAUUAAGCUUUUAGAGAGAGAGAGAGAGAGAGAGAGAGAGAGAGAGGGUGUUCCUAAGCUUGAUUAUUAAUCAUUAAUGUUAAUUCACUAUAUAUAUCUUUGGUGCAUUAAUAUUUGGGUAUGGUUUGGAGCAUGUACAUAUAUAUAUUGGAAGUUUCUGAUCUUUGAUAUA